CCUAGGACAGAGGGACAGGAUCAGGUUUGAUCCCUGUCGGGAAACCGGUCAGCAACGGCAUCUGGAGAACAGACUUUGGCACCGGUGUCACUCUAAUAGAAAGCCUCCUUACCUUUCAGACAUGGCCUGUCAGUCUGCUGCAAAUCACACAAUUUCUGCAGAAUACCACUCUGUACAGAGUGCCACUCCCUUCAAAAAUGCACAUCACUGGAAAGAAAAGGAUGUUCUAGGUGAGUAUUUCCUUCCAAAUGAAACAGAUCUUCAUCAGGUGAUUAUAUUGCCAAAAGCAGAAUGGGAAAGGAUUCAGGGCAGCACUAGAGAAGCAGCACACAUCAAUGAGAAGAAAGAGCAGGAUGAAGUGCACUUGGAGUCCAAAGCUGCUGGUGAAGACCCGCGCAGUGUGGCCCUGAACCUGAUACAACAGAAACUUCAAGCCAAAAAACUACGUGAAGAAAAGGAAGAGGAAGAAAGAAGGUUAAUUGAUUUGGAAGAAGCAAAGUUCCAAGCAGCAAAACGGAAGGAGGCUAUUGAUCGUGCAAAAGCUUACCUAUCUAAUCAGGAUGACAGAAUGAGACAGUUCCAUAGUGCACUUCUACUUACUAAGGUCCUAAAAGAAAGAGAUGCUCAAGUUGAAUUUCUUAAGUCAAGAUUAGCUGAUAACAAAAAGAGGGACUAUGAAGAAGAGCAACGUCAAUUUAAAGAAUACGUUCUCAGCGAGCAAGAAAAAGCACAUCAGCAUUAUAUGAAUCGUCAGGCACUAUGCAAAGAUCAGUUACAACAAAUAAAGGAGCAUGAGCAUCAGGCAGAUCUGGCCAAACAGGAAAAAAAAAGAGAAGAGGAAGAACUACAGAGAUCAAUUCAACUGUACCAACUAGAAAUUCAGAGAAAAAAAGAAAAGGAACACAAGGAAAAACUUGAACGCCGGAAGCUGUAUCAUGAGUAUGUAAAUGACCAGAAAAUAAUCAAAGCAAUAGAGGAACAAAACCGAAUGGAAGAAGAUGAUCGGAUCAAAGCUCAUUUUAAAGCAAAGGAAAUUAUUGCCCAGAUGAGGAAAAAGAAAGAAGCUGAAAUGCGUAGACAAGUACAGGAACAACGGGACAAAAUCAGUAGUCGAUUAGCGGAACAAAUGGGUGAGGCACUAAAGAAGGAAGAUCAUCGACUGGCUAGAGAUGCGGCAAGAAGAGAAGCUGAAGAAGAAAAAAAACGCAAAGAGAGAGAAGCAAAACAAAAGGCUGCCAUUGAAUCUAUUGCUGAACACAGAGCCACUGUGAUGAAGUUGAAAGAGGAAAUGAAGAGAGAUAAAAAAGAAGAGGAUGAGAAGGAUCGUAACCAGUGGAUGACAGAAAACGAUGUCUACUUGGAAAUGGAAAAAGCCAAGAAACAAAGACAGCGUGAUGCAAACAUGGAAGUACAGAAAUUUCAGCUCCAGCAAAUGGCUGAAAAGCAGGCAAGAAAAGAGCAGGAAAAGCAAGCAGAAUUGGACUACAAUGCUCAGAGGGAGGCUGCUUUUCAUCAGGAUCGAGCAUUUUGGAGAUAAAGACAGUGAGUAACUGAAUCAGUGCCAUUACUGGAUGUAACUUCUAUUCUCUCCAAACAUUCAAGGAAGGAACAAGAUGUGGGCUUCCUAAGUAGGACAACUGCAAGAAUGGUGGAGUGGAUAAUCUGCAAUAUUAAAAACAGUAAAAACGGGGGAGUGGGUGGAUAAAGAUGGUUGAUGCAAUGCCUUCCUGCCUUGUACAUGAGCCCCCAGCUUGCUUGGCAUUUUGCCAUGACUUUUGGGGCCUGCUUUGGCCCUCAAAGCUCUGCCUGAGGGCAGGGCCAAGAACUUCUCAGGGCCAGCAUAGACUGCUACUGUCUUGGUCAGUCCUGCUGUGGUCUGGGCUGCUGCAUUCUAUUUGGAUAGAAGAACAUGGCUGGGUGGAGCUGACUGAAUCUUUAUCUAUGUCAAUUAGCAUGGCCCAUUAAUCUGUAGUGUGAACCAAAGUACAGUAAGUAGAAACAAUGAAGACUAAUUUCAAAACCUCACUUCUGACCUAAUGUAAGAGACUAACAUUGCUGCACUAUCAACUAAAAGUCACACAGAGUUCUCUCCAAUUAUCUUGGAGUAAUUACUUUUGAAAAUUACAUAUUACAAAAAGAGACAUGGCAAUUAACUUGUGAAAUUGUCCCUCAGUACUUUUUUCCUUCGGUCACUAAUGGAAAAUUUAUUUCCCUUCUCUCUGAGCCAGUGUUCAUUUUAUUACAUCCAGCUUUUUUUCAGCAAGCAGAAAGAAUGGAAACUUUUAUAAAAGCCUUUUGAUGGCAGAAGCUGGAGCCUUAAGAAGUACUGACUACAGCAGGAGUGGUGCUGAAACCCGCAGAGCUCGAUAAUGCUCCAAAUGCAUCCCUAAGUGCAAAUUUGCACAUGCUCACUACUAUGCAAUUGGUGAGUUAAGUGGGUUUUUAGUCUACUUCCACAGCAGCAAGAAACAAGAUGGAUGCAGCCUCAUUUCCUACUCAACUUCCAAAAAUGUCCUUUUCUGCAGAUUACGUAUGUCUGCAUUUGAAGUCUACAGCCUUCCUCCAUCAGGCUUCUACUCCUUUUACUUUGAACAUCUACAGAAAACCAUCAAACUCCAGUACCAGAAAACAACUCUUUAUUUCAGUACAUCUAGAAUAAAGUGGGAAUUUAGUGUAAUUUUAAAGCAUGUUGGCUAAACAUAGAUUUAGUUACCCAAAUUCAGCAUGAAAAAAAUCUAGCAGCAGUCAUGACUGCCUCUGAGAUGCACAUGCUUUGUAUAUUUGUUUUAAAUAAAUAAUUCUAGUUAGUAAUUUUCUGUAAAACCUCUGUAAAGCAUAGUAUGAUGACACUAGAUUAGAAUGGCCAGAGGUGGUGGAAUGUUGCUGGUUAAAAGGUAUCCUGUGUAAGGCAGGAGGCUGGUUCAGCUGCUCACCAGAGUCCUUUUCAGCUGCCAUUUAAAGAUAGGGAGAUUAAAAUACAGGGAGAUGAACUGCAGCUGGCAGGAAAGGAAAUUGUUGACCUGGAAGCAUCUACUCAUUGAGAGGUACCUCUCAUUUAAUGCCUAGGGCCACUCUUGUGUUAGUUAAUAGCUGGAAUCAUCAUUCCCAAAGUUAUUUAGAUAUGUACAUGGUACCUAGGGACAUGGAUUAGCUAGUGUUGGACUUCAGUACUGGGUUAACAGCUGAACUUGACCUUAAAGGUCUCCUCCAAUCUAAAUUAUUCUGUAAAGUUUUAAUUAAUAGCUAGAAAAUCAGAAAAUGCUUUGAGAAAUAAUUUGACUAACUUUAAUUAUUGUUUUUCUCAAAAAUGCAUCCUCUCAGAUAUUCUUCUGCUUCAGGACAUUGCAGCAGGUGAGAAUCAUAAUAGGUAUUAGCCUUAUUUGAAGACCAAGACCUUAGAAAUGCAAGGCAGCUCUCAGAGGGACUGAAAUGGAGACCUUAAAUCCAACUGCGUUUUUUCCACACUUGUGAUCCAAUUCUGGAAACAGAACAGCAAUUUUAGUUUGAACAUGUAGGCCUCCAGUGUGUAACAUGGUACUCUCCCAACAGUAUUGCAACUCACACCUGUGUGGUGGUACAUGUGUAAGAGGGUACUGUUCUCAUGGAUCUAAUACAACUCCUACCUAGGAAAUGGAAGAGAACAGAUCUCUAAAAUGCCUUAUAUCCUAAGGGAAUUUGAAUUAAAUAACUGUGCAGCUCUUUACUGUUAGGUAGUGUUCCAGGCUGGAGUUACUACAUCUGUGCAAGUUCUUCUAGCAUGAGUCUUUGCUACCAGUUAGCUCUGAGGAAGUUUGAAGAGGAUACAUACCUGGAAACAAAUGGCCCAUGAACAGAAGAGUUGGCACCAUGGGACUGUUAAGGGUGAACAUUUUCACAUCCCAAUGCAGACUUGCUCUAUACUUCUGAAAAAGAAAAAAUAUUUUCAAAGCUUCCUUGUAAUGUUAGGUCAAGUCUGUUUCAACAGCUAAAUUCUUUCAAAUGUCUGUUAACUUAGGCCUUCCUGUUAUCUCUUGAAUGGAAGAGUGCUGUAACUAGUCUGUAAUCUUCCUCCUUGUUCUGGCAGUGCAUCCUUGUUUCUGAUACUGACCUUCCUUCCUGUUCUGGCAGUGUAAAAACUGCAAACUACAAUUUUUGAGAGACAGAACAUUUACUACCUCUAAAUAGCAUGCAAAAAUCCCCAUAAUCCAAAAUCCCCAUCAAGGACUAGAAAGAAAAAGCAACACGUACUGAAAAUAAGCAUGUAUUACUGAGCAGACCAAGAAAAAUACAACAACUGGCACAGUGAACAAGGGCAAAGUUUUGGGACUAUCUUUGGUAGAGCUUUUAAGUAUUUCUGCAUUAGUUUCAGCUACAAUCUAUCAGUGCAUAUACAGUUAAUAUAAGCUACUAAUUAUACACUUAAGCAGUUUCUUUUUUUUCUUUAGAAAUAUAUUUUACCACUAGAAAAGUAUCUACAAAGGAGUAAGAAGCUAGCCACUCUCCAAGUUCUGUGUGCCUGCAACACCAAUCAGUGCCCAACAGCAGAAGCUAACUGUGGACCAAGUUACAAGACAUGCUAUUCUAGAACCUGCCUAUAACUCAAGCUCAAGAAACAAGUGCCAUAGCUUGCAACUGUACUGUAACUACUUUUAUUAUGGAACAAAGCAGUACAUUCUUUUCAGAAAGUCAAGAGGUAACAACCAAAGGUAAACUAUCAAUUCAUCUGUACUGUACUCCUUGAAUAUUGCUGGGGCUCCAGGCUUAACUCAAACCUUCUGUUUUGACUUGGGGAAAAAAAAAUCUUACUGAACAAAUAAAAUUGGGUACAUCUGUCUCAAUAAAAUCCAUGUUGACCAUA